AUAUUUUAUUGAAUAUUAUUUUUUUGUUUGCCCAAAUAUAUUAUGGAAUUAGUCAUAGGUUAACAACAUACUAAGGAAGUUGAUUGCACUUCCCUUUAGUUUUAAAUUCAGUAUUUGCUCAUGGGGUUUUGCAUCAAGAAGUUCUUUUAAAUGCUGGAAUUUAUUCUAAAAUGUUUUGGAAGGCGACUCUAUAUAGACCAGCAAAAAUAAAUAUGUACAUAUGUACAUGCUGUGAUGGUCUGAUCGGAACGAUCAAAAGGAAAUAUUUAAACUAACAAUCAGAGCGUUUCGCUUCAACGCAGUUAAACAAAAGCAAAAAAAAAGGGUAGAUCAUUUGAGAUUCAAAAAAUUCCCAAGAUGUACAGCUCCGAGUCCAUUAAUGUGCUCUGCGGUGUGGGAGUACCGCGUCCGAACUUCCAGCGGCUGAUUACCUACGUGGAACCCGGCGGCUGGAGAGGCUGGUUGGAGGAGCAUCGGGAGAUGCAGGUGUGGCGCCGGCGGAAACGGAGCUCCGUCAGCGCCUCCUCGAUCAGCGAGACACGCCUGCACUGCCCGGAAGCCUUUCUGCGCGUCACCAUCGUAGAAGUGCAUCCGCAAACCGGUCGGCCGAUGACCAGGUGUCUCACCUACCACCGCAGCCUGUGGCCCCGGCACCUUUCGCCCCACGCCUCUCUCGGCCGUCGGCCCAAGCUCAUGAACAUGCGCCCGGUAUGGCCUCCGCCAGAGGAGAGGGCCUUCGCCAAGCUAGAGCUCAUCUGGCAGCGUCCUGGCAUCGACGGCGGCCUGGCCCCCCGAAGAGUGCCUGCCCGGAUGAAUGUCAGUGGGGCGGAGCCGGAGAACCGGACUGUGCAUCCCAUCCGAGUACACCACAAGGCUCUGCAGACGGAGGAGGAGCCGAGAAAGGUGGUCCACGACAAGGCCACCUGCGUGGGCAGCUCCUCCCGCUCGAUGAUCUCAAGUAGGAUCGCCAGAGAGAAGUCCCAAAUGCUGAAGGAGCAGCAGGAGAUGGUGUCCGUUGCCAAGAAGGUGCAGGUGGAGAAGUUGAAGGGUAGGGACAGGUGCAAUGGCAAGGGCUCCAGUGGAUCGGAUGGUGGCCACAGCAUUGCCUCAAUGGACGCCGUGGCGCAGACAGCGGCGGCGGCGGAUGCAGUGACUCCCGAUCCCUCCCUUGCCUCCAGCCUCACCACGGACUCGCAGGGGAUCGAUGAGCUAUCCACGGCGGCGGGAUUAACGGCAGCCUUCGCCUGGCGACAUGAGGUCUUCCAGCAGCUGGCCUGGCGCUCCAGGAGCCUAUCUCUGCCGUAGACAAGAUGUGAUUGAUGUGUGAGUGUCGGCAAGGGUAAACUGACCAAAUUUGUGAGUGAAAUAGGUUUAAUAAAAGCAGUUUUGCAACAAA